AACUUACUCCUGCAUGUUUUUUGGACUUGGAGAAAGCCUGGAGUUGUAUUUUGCUAGCAGCACACAAUACUUUGUUACGCUUCAACAUGUUUACAUUCUAUUGUUGUACUAAAACUUGAUUCAUUUCCCAUUUAUAUUCCAUUGUAGUUUUUUGUUCUAGUCUACUUAAUUUACUACUGAUACCAAGUUCCUUCCAGCUAAAUUUUACGCAGCAAAAACCUGUUUAUGAGAGAGAAAGAGAGAAAGAGAGAGAGAGAGAGAGAGAGAGAGAGAGAGAGAGAGUAAACCUCCGCAGCUAUAUGGACAGCAUUUUCUCGCAUCAGGAGUAACGACUGUUAAAACUUUGCCUCUUCACGUCAGCUUCUUUAAGCGAAACAGUGCAGCUAGAGGAUUUGGAGGACACUCAACUGCUUCUGCUUCUGCUGCUGGUGUGUGAAGUGUGGUGUGGACUUUUUCGAGAUACAGUGGGCGCUCACACACACAGAGGAGUUGUAUGCCUUAGAACGACCACCCCCCCCCCACUCAUCUCUCUCUCUCCCUCUGACACAUAUAUACACACACUCGGUGAGAGCGUGGCAGUGUGGGAGAGGUGGAUCCUGUUUUGUGUUUCUACUAAAGAGAGGAGCGGAGUGGAGCAGCAGACUCUACCAUGCCAGUGCAGGGAGAAAGGCUGAAGCUCUGCCUCUGUCUCUGGAACCGCAGUCCUCUGCUAUUGCUGGGACUGUUUUCUCUUCACAUGCAAACACAUGGCAACGUGUUGGACAGUAUGUUACUGAAAGCGUCAAAAAAGGACGCAGUGGAAAGUGGGAAAGAGACCAGUGGAAGCACAGUCGCUGCUGCCCCCCCCCAAAGACUACUGUGGUGUCACUGCUACCACCAAUGCCCCGAGGACUCAGUCAACAACACGUGCAGGACUGAUGGCUACUGUUUUACUAUGCUGGAGGAGGAGGGAGGGGUACCAGUCCAGACUGCAGGCUGCCUGGGGCUGAUCGGAUCAGAGUUUCAGUGCAGGGACACAUGGAACUCACGUCAGAGGAGAUCCCUGGAAUGCUGCACAGACCAGGAUUUCUGCAACAAAAACCUGCAUCCUACACUGCCACCUCUGAAACCUCCAUUCUAUGUCAAUGGAAAGAUCCAUCACAUGGCCUUGUUGAUCUCGGUCACUGUUUGCAGUCUGAUAUUGGCCAUCAUUAUUGUCUUCUGCUACUUCAGGUACAAGCGUCAGGAGUCCCGUCCACACUACAGUAUUGGUCUGGAGACAGAUGAGACCUACAUUCCCUCGGGAGAGUCUCUGAAGGACCUGAUAGAUCAGUCACAAAGUUCUGGCUCAGGCUCAGGUCUCCCUCUAUUGGUCCAGAGAACAAUAGCCAAGCAGAUACAGAUGGUAAAGCAGAUCGGCAAGGGGAGGUACGGAGAGGUGUGGAUGGGCAGGUGGAGGGUGGAGAAGGUGGCCGUUAAAGUCUUCUUCACCACCGAAGAAGCAAGUUGGUUCAGAGAGACUGAAAUCUAUCAGACUGUCCUCAUGAGACACGAGAACAUACUUGGUUUUAUAGCAGCAGAUAUUAAAGGCACUGGCUCCUGGACUCAACUUUACCUUAUCACUGACUACCACGAAAAUGGCUCGUUGUAUGACUUCCUCAAAUCAACCACUCUGGACAUCAAAGCCAUGCUGCGACUGGCCUACUCCUCUGUGUCAGGAUUGUGUCACCUUCACACAGAAAUCUUUGGUACCCAGGGAAAACCUGCCAUCGCUCACAGAGACCUGAAGAGUAAGAACAUACUGGUGAAGAGGAACGGAACCUGCUGUAUUGCUGACCUGGGGCUGGCUGUUAAAUUCAUCAGUGACACCAAUGAGGUCGACAUCCCUCCCAACACACGGGUUGGCACAAAGCGUUACAUGCCGCCGGAGGUUCUGGACGAGACUUUGAACAGAAGACAUUUUCAGUCCUACAUCAUGGCCGACAUGUACAGCUUUGGGCUCAUUCUUUGGGAGAUUGCGCGAUGUUGCAUCUCAGGAGGAAUUCUGGAAGAGUAUCAGCUACCGUACCAUGAGUCAGUUUCCACCGACCCUUCAUACGAAGACAUGAGAGAGGUUGUCUGCAUCAAGAGAAUACGACCAUCUUUUCCUAAUCGAUGGACCAGCGAUGAGUGUUUACGACAGAUGGGAAAGCUGAUGUCCGAAUGCUGGGCCCACAACCCCGCCUCCCGCCUCACAGCCCUCCGAGUCAAAAAGACACUUGCCAAGAUGUCAGAGUCACAAGAUAUUAAGCUUUGAGCCGUCACCAUCAGAUGGAAAAGGCACUAACAGUCACACCGGCAACGGUUCAGGCCAUACAAAAACUUUUAUUAUUAUUAUUAUUUUAUUAUUAUUAUUAUUAUAAAUGUAUAUUUUAUUUUCCCCCCGGAAGUAGUAUUUUGUAGGAGUUUGGGACAGGAUGCCAGAAGUAAAUUUGGAAAGCGCAAAAUCACAAACAUUCAAGUUUUUCAGCCUUUCAAUUAAUUUAUUAUUAUUAUUAUUAUUUUCAGCCAUUCAGUCUGCAAAUUAAGAUUAGAGAUAAAUAAGUAAAAGAAUAAAUAAAUAUAUAAAACCAAUCAAGAGUGGUUAAAUAAGAAUCUGGUUUUGCGUGGUCACGCUUCACGAAAACAACAGAGAUGAGGCAGUCUCAUUUCCGACCAGGUGAUGUAGUUUCCUGUUCACCCUCUCUAGAGAGACUGAUGUUUCACUGUAGCUGCAGAGAUUAACAGACACACAAACUACUGACCAGUACGUGGAAUAUUUCAACACUGCUUUCUGUGAAAGCUACCCUACCUGUAGAUAAAGGUCUGAUGGACAGAACUGAAGGUAUGUAAUAAAUGACGGUCUGUCCCUGCUGCACGACACCUCCCGUCAAACACACUCACCCUCACUACUGCUUUUUCUAUCCUAAUUAAACUACACUUCUGUCACCCUCAACUGACUUUUUUUUGUUUGUUUGACUGACACUAAGUGACACUAUGAGACAGAACAGAAAGAAAGGUUGUUUUUUUUAGGCUUUGAAAAAUGUGUUGUUUACAUUGAUAAUGUUUGAAGACAAGGCAUACCUGUGAUUUUGAGUUGUUAAAGCGUGAAAGUUUAUUUUUCAUGUCAAAUUUAGACUUGUAAAGACUUUAUGUGGAAAUAAAUGAAAUCUUUAUCUCCAAAUUACUCUUUGGGUGAAUCAAUGAAAGCCCCCCUGUUUUUAUUUUCUUAUAAUACUUGUGGAUAUUCUCAGUCAUUCAGGUCAUCAUAACAAUUUCAAAAGCAGUUUUAAGACGUAGGCAACUGGACUCACCUCAAGUAAAUUUAAGACAUUUCGCCUCUUAUCCAAGAUGCUUCAUUAGUUCUACGGUCCUGGCGGGGAGUUUCUAGGGAUUUAUCUAUCCACCUGCAGGUACUACUACAGUCCUUCUAAGGACUCUAACUCCCAUAAUUCCACUGCUUUCGGUA